AUGCAAACAACAGCUAAACAUAGACGAGUUAACUCAAGAAUUAAUAUGGGUAAAUGUUCUCCAAUAUUUGGAAAAGUGACUGUUCUCGUGAUUGUUGUCGAGAGUUCUUACAAGACUCACUAUGCAGUUGCUCAGCGCUCACUAGAAUGCUAUUUGCGAGCCACUAAUUAUACGUUUAAACUUGUUGAUUUAGAUCAUGAUGAACGAACAAAUAAGUAUUGCAAACAUGAUCAGCUUUUCUUUAAAAAACAUUGUGCUGUAGCUGUGUAUUUAGCUGAUUCUGAUUGGACGUUAGUAUUGGAUGCAGAUGCUGGUGUUGUUAACCCAAACCAUUGUAUUGAGGAAUGGAUUGAUGAUAGAGUUGAUUUGAUUUUUUAUGAACGAUUUUUUAACUGGGAAGUUGCUUCUGGGAAUUAUUUGGUAGAUAUUAGUUAA